AUGUCUGGUUCCAGGAAUUCGGAAUCUGACGAUAAUCCUCCGCUUGGGAGUACCCCGCAAGAUCAAGGACAGGAAGAAGCACGCAGGUCAACGAGAAACAUUACAGUUGCGAUUCAAUAUGCUUUCGUGAAUGGACUGAGGGAACCUGCUGAUGGAAAUGGAAAUGCUGAGGCGGCCAGUGCUGGGGUGGGAACUGGAAAUCAACCUCUUCCUGGUGCAUUUGUGUUGAAUUUCGCUGAUGUACCUGAGUCGACCACGCCUGAGAGGUUCAAUGAAGUUAUUGCGCUUGCAGCCGAUGUAGCAAUGAAUAGGUUGAACCGCAGAUUCAAAAGACUCAAAGGGAUCUCAAAGGACGCUUUUGAAGCUCUUCCGAUGUUGAAAAAAGAACAAGUUAGAGGAGAAAGCUGUAGCAUAUGCUAUGACGAGUUCGAGGAUGAGGAAGAAGAUGAGCAAGCAUCCGAAACAUCCUCGGAUGGAGCUAGAUAUUUGAAAAAGAGGCAAAGAGAAGAUGACGAGGUACGCGGCCCGGCUUCCAAGAGGUUGAGAGAAAAUCAAAGUCACGUUGGAAGUUCGCGAGGUGAUUCGAGGUUAGGAAGCGGGUCAGAUGAAAUAAUCACACCUCAAGAGCCAAACGAUUCGGUGCCCAAGCCAGAUGAGAUGGGUGACCUCUACAAGCACUCCCCUGUCAAGUUACCAUGUGGACAUGUAUUCGGGAGGCAGUGCAUAAGUCAUUGGACUAAGGAGCACAAUAGUUGUCCUAUCUGCAGAGCUGAUAUAGUUGAUCAGACAGGAUUGAAUCAAGAUGUUACUGAUGACGACACUGAGGAUAACGUUUCGUUUGAUAGAAUAAGAAGAUUGCUAUAUGGUAGGGCUUUUGAAGGCGAUGCAACUCCAACUAUAGUACCCGCAUCGGGCUCAGCUAAUGUUAGCAAUCCACCUACACAAGAAACUCAACCUGAAGGAAAUAGGAGGAACUUUUUUGUUUUGAGACCUAAUCAAAAUAGAGAGAAUGAAGAUCCAAGUAAUACUUCUACAAAUCCUUUAGAUCCCAUGAACUCUGCACUUGCGAGGCAUGGUUUCGGUCUGAUACCUGUCACUUUUGUUAAUCUGCGUCCACAAGGAGACGCGAAUUUAAACAAUUUGCGGUCCGAUGCUACUGGGAUACAACCUCCUCCUGCGGCACAAAUAUCUGACACAGGUUCACCACCGAACAGUAACACUGCAACUGGCAAUAAUUCACCGGGAGUUCAAGAUAAUGAAAGAUUGAUGAGCAUCCUUGAUCAUCUAUUCAGUAUCACGAACGCGAAUAGGGCAAGAUCUUCUACUUCCUCACAACCCGGUGACACCUCUGAUUCCAACUCGAGCGCGGUAGAGACGGGAGAUCAUCUACCUGGCCUCAAUGUUAGCGGAUCUAAUACUUCAAAUGGUCAAGAGUCUGCUUCAAGACCUGGAAGGGCUCAUAUAUUUAACAACUUCUUCAGAUUUGCAAGGCAUUUGAGACAUUCUCAAGCAGCACGCCAUGCGAAUCCUGAUUCUGAGCAAGGCAACGAUGAGCUCUUUAGCACUGGGGUUGCUAGUGUUAGAAACCCAAAUGGAGUGUCGACAGUCAACUUUCAUGGUGAAAUGCCAACUCCAAAUAGCUUAUCAGGAGAAGCUCAGAGCGAGAACAACUCUCAGCAGAGUGACAAUGGCACUGAAAAUCAGUCAUCUACCUCUUCUCACAACGUAACUCGUACGAAUUAG